AUGACUAUGGCAUCCAAUGCUUAUAAAACCCAAAUAGGAACCUCCGAUAGGACUGUAGCUGAACUCCUUAUAGCAGGAUUUUCAGGACAACUCAAAGGAUGGUGGGAUUAUUAUCUUACAAAGAUCCAGCAAUUAGAUAUUCUAAAUGUUGUUCAGGUAAGUGAUGAAGGAGGACAUGUUCCAAAUGAACUAGGAAAUCCUAUUCAAGAUGCUGUGUCAACUCUUAUAUUUGUUAUACCAUUACACUUUAUAGGAGAUUCCACACAUCUUAAAGAUAAAAACGCAGACCUUUUGUCAAAUCUUAGAUGUAAAAAACUUAGUGAUUUCCAAUGCAGAGGAACAAAAAGUGUGUCUAAAAGAUUUAGAGAUUUUCGUCCUAGAUCCAAAGAUAAAAACCAUGAUACUCAUCAUAAAAAACAUUAUUACAAAAAACCUUACAGAAAAUCUUUCAGAAAACAAUAUGAUAAGCCUAAAACAAAUAAAGCCAACUUAAAAGAUAUUACUUGUUACAAAUGUGGUAAGAAAGGCCAUAUAUCUAAAUAUUGCAGAGUAUCUAGGAAAAUCCAGGAACUUCAUUUAGAAGGUGAAGUCCUAGAUCGAAUAGAAGUCUUGUUAGCAUAUUCUUCUGACUCUGAAACUGAAAUGUCUUCAGAAGAUCAAAAUCCUCAAUUGGACGAACUAGUUACUACUUCUUCGUCUAUUUCUGAUUCUAACUCUGAUGAUGAUUAUGAAUCAAAGCAUGUCAAUGUUCUUAUAAAGGAACAAAUUUUGAUCUUAGAUGUAAUCCAGCAUAUUAGUAAUCCUCAAAAGCAGAAAAAAUGUCUAGAUCAGCUCAAAAAAUCCUUAGAAGAAGAACCUAAAACUGUAGAAACAAAUAUCCCUUCUACUAGUACAGGAUUGUAUGAUCUUACAACUAUUCUUGAUUGA